AUGUCGUCUUAUAUUGCUGGAAUGUGUACCGUAGCAUCAGCAGGCGGCACAACCAGACGAGUUUCGGUGGAGUUAGUCAACCGAGUUGGGCUAGUUUUAAAAUUGACUAGUUUGUCCCUUUUCAAAUAUUAUACCUUCUGGGUCAUCAUUCUGCCUAUUGUUGACAGCGAUCAUUUUGUGCAUAGGUAUUUUCUACCUCAAGAAUAUGCAAUUCUCAUACAUGCAUAUGUUGUAGUGGCAGUCAUCUACUUCUUGUGCAUCUGUAUUGCAUACGUCAUGCUCGAGUCCAAGAAGAAGAACCAUUAUAGGGAAAAGGGUCAAAAGUACCCCUCAACUUUAGUUUAUUGUUCGAUUUUACCCUCGCCGUUAAAAUGA